UUUCUCUCUCUAUAAAACCCGUAGUUUUCAUCUUCGCCAACCUUCCCAUUUUCUUCAUCGUUGUCCCUUUCCAUAAGGUUUCCUCUAUCUAGAAGCCCGGUCUACUGUUUUCCUCCCUCAUCAGGCUUAGUUUCUCUUUCUUCAUCUUUCUUGUUGAUUUUCAGUAUUUUCGUGUGAUUUAUUGCGUGGGUUUGUGGUGGAUCUCGAGUCUCUUCAUCUCAGCUUCUCAUUGAUUAAUUUAUCAGUUUUUUUUCUUCUUUUUUUUUGAGAUCUGUUUGGUGGGUUCUUCGAAGAGAGAGAUUCUUAAGUUCUCUCUCAUUCUUUUUCUUUGAUUAUCUUGUUUGGUUCUGAUUUAUUUUGUGGUGGGUUUUCAUUUACUCUCGAAGAAAACCCAAGUUCGUUAUCUUGUUAUUUUGGUGAUAUUUCCCAUUCUUGUUAGGAAAUCAGGGUUAUCAGAUCCAGAUCUGAUUGUUUCUGUGAUAUUGAUUUCGAGUCAUUGGUGUUUUGCUAGAUCCAGAUUUCCUUUUGUGAUUAUUCUCAUUCGCUUGAUUCGUCGAUAGGGUUUUCUCAUGUUUUUUAUGGUCUUGAGCUUGGUUUCCAUUGCAGAGCAGUUCUCUUGAUGAACCUUAAACAACACUUGAGCUAACUAUAACUCUAGACCGUAUGGUAUUCUCAACCCUUGAAAGUUUACUCCACCAGGUCCAGUCAUUCUCUGUUGUCUUCCUCUAUUGGUUUCAUGAGUUUUCAUGAAGAUCAGUACCUGUAUUUGAUUACUUUUUCCAUUUGAUUCUCUCAUAAAAUAUUGACUUUCUUAUUCUCUAAGAAUCACUCUUGACAGGCAAAUAAACCCAUAUUUUUCUCUCUGAAACCCAAUUUUUCUCUGUUCCACAACACCCCAAGAUUCCAAUUUUGAUAAAGGAAAACAAUACCCAAGUAUUCAUUAGCGGUAAAUAAAUGGCAUCUCAACCAUUUGUGUUCAAGGCCACCGCAAAUUCCCCUAGUGGUCCCUCUGGUGCUGAAGAGGACCAUCAAAUUGUUGAUAAAAGAAAACAAAAGAGGAUGUUAUCGAACAGGGAGUCGGCAAGACGAUCGAGAAUGAGGAAACAGAAGCAUUUGGAUGAUCUCAUUAACCAAAUGGCCCAUAUUAGAAAUGAAAACAGUCAGAUUUUAACCAGGGUUGAUCUCACUACACAGCAUUAUAUCAAAAUUGAGACUGAGAACCAUGCUUUAAGAGAUGAGGUUUUGGCGUUGACGCAAAAGCUUCAAUCUUUGAACUCGGUGCUUCAUUUCAUGGAGGAGAUGAGUGGGUUGGUCAUGGAUAUCCCUGAAAUUCCAGACCCACUUCUUAAACCAUGGCAGCUCCCAUGUCCUUCGCAACCCAUCAUGGCUUCUGCUGAUAUGUUUCAGUAUUGAGUGUUAUGAGCUCCAUGACCUUAGCUUCUUUCUCUUUCUGUUUCCGCGUCUUCAGUUUAGAUAUCUCUUUGGUUCUAUAAGUGGCUGUGGAUGUGUUUAGAGUUUUAUCUGUAAAUGAAACUGUUGAGAGUUGUUAAUGGUGGCUAAGAAUUGGGUUUUGUGUUCCAGUCCUGGUUGUGUAAGAGGGAUUUUCAAUCCAAAUGUAUUGCAAACAUAUUUAACCUUAUGUUUUUUGAGUACGCAA